UCUAGUCAUCUAUAAACAUCUAAAUUCAUCCAUACUAUGGUUGUCUUUGUAUUUGCUCUCGUGUAAAUCGUAUAUUUCGUAAUUACUCAGUGAACAAAAGUAAUGACGAUCCCAAACAGUUCAAAGUGAAUUGUAAUUGUCGAAAGUAGUCACGCUCGUAAUCUUCUCGGCAGUAUUUACGCCAUAAAGAUAAGUAAUUCGACUGAAUUACUGUUCAUACGAAAAUGGAAGUUAACAAAGAUGAGGCGGAUCGCUGCAUUGAAUUAGCCGAGAAUUACAUCAAAGAGAAGAACCGUGAAAAAGCCGAGAAGUUUCUUCAGAAGGCGCAGCGUUUGUAUCCGACUCCGAGAGCCAAAGAUUUGUUGCAGAAAAUCCAACUAAUUGCACCAGCUAGUGAGCCGGAAAAGAAGAAAGAAAAACCUCAGGCCAAACCUGAGAAACCCUCCGCCCCUGAGUUCUCAGCGGAUCAACGUGAUGCAGUAACGCGUAUUAAGAAGUGCAAGGAUUAUUAUGAAAUUUUGGGUGUCAGUAAAGAUGCUACAGACUCAGAUAUCAAGAAGGCAUACAAAAAGUUGGCCCUGCAGCUACAUCCAGACAAGAAUAAAGCUCCAGGCUCUGCAGAGGCUUUCAAAGCAAUUGGUAAUGCAGUGGCUGUGCUGACUGAUGCAGAAAAGAGGAAACAGUAUGAUAUGUUUGGUUCUGAUGAGGACAGGAUGCAGCGGCAGGCGAAUCGGAGUAAUAUGUUUUCGUAUACACGCGGGUUUGAGGCUGAUGCCACUCCGGAUGAGCUCUUUAAUAUGUUCUUUGGUGGUAAUUCUAAUAUUUACGUUAGACGCACGGGCAGAUUCCAGAGACACACCAAUAACUCUGAGGGGCACGCGUCACAUCGAGAACAUAAUCAGUCCAACUACACCAUGCUGUUUCAAAUCAUGCCUAUCUUGUUUGCCAUUCUACUUUCGAUGGCAUCAAGUAUUUUUAUUUCUGAUCCAGCAUAUAGCCUUCAGCAGUCUGUGAAAUACCCAAUUGUUCGUAAAACGCAUAAUCUUGGCGUCGAGUAUUUUGUAAAAGAAACGUUCCAUUCCGAUUAUCAAGGUUCAGUGCGACGCUUGGAGGUAUCCAUAGAAGAAGAAUACAUGACAAAUCUACGACAUGCUUGCUACCGAGAGAAAAACUAUCGCGAUUCUAUGAUAUGGAAAGCGAAGAACUUUGGAGAUCGCGAACUGUUCAUGAAUGCACAGAACAUCAAAUUACCGUCGUGUGAUCGAAUACAGGAGUUGAGAAAUCGCGGUUAACCAAUUCAUUUACUGCACUUAGUGGAAUGAAAACAAAAAUACAGUUUAAUUCAUAUUAUGUAUUGAUUGGUCGAUUUUGUGGUGGUGUUUUUAUAAUUUCUAUGUUUUUAUGAUAGUUGGCACAUAGGGAUGUAUGGAAUUUGCAGCUCAGAAAUAUUUAUUUCGUAACUUGUAUAGUUGUUAUCAAUUAGUUAAAAAAAUCUCACGCUAGUCUUUCACAACCGAGUUUUAGGCUAAGGUUCGGACAAUUUUCAUACCUAGCAUGCUAGUUAGAAUAUCAAUGAACUAUACUAUAUAAGUAAUUUUAAAAUAAUAACAAGCGCUCUGUAAUGUGUUUGCUUGUGGAACCUAUGUUUCCACAAAGUUUGUCACUUUUUAGUACCUAUGGCAGCAGUGCACUAUUUAUAUUAUGAAGAAUUAAUUUCUAAACUAAGCAUUGUCCAUUUGAGGUGAUGUCAGCUUGUUUUUAUGAUAUAAAGUACAGUUAAUGAGUGAAUCGGGUGGAAGUUAAGGUUGUAAAGUUGUUUUUAGAACUUAAAACAAUUUGAAGAACCACAAAUCUAGUCUAGGUUUACAUUUUCUCUAUUUGGAAUAUAUGAAAGGCAUGCGUGUGCGAGUCGGGGCAUGCUUGGAUUGUUAACUGUUAUUUGGACCUUUCAAUGCAUUGUUGUAACUGAACUUUGAUAGGGAAUUUUGUGGUAUUGAGUGAAAUUGAUUAUUAAUUCCAACCGGAAUGAUUAUAAUUGAAUAAAUUAUGUAUCCACCAAAA